GCGGGCCGGGCCAUGCCUGCCCCAGACCCUAUAAGGCCUGGUAGCCGAGAGCAGAGCCGGCUGCCAGCCGCGCCUCCUGUGGCUCCGAGGGGCCCUCACUCACUCCAGCUGCUUAGGGUAUCAUCACCAUGUCUGCCCCCGACAAAGGAGGCCGGGAUCCUCCCAAACCCAAGGGCAAGACCCUGGGGAGCUUCUUCGGGUCUCUGCCUGGCUUCAGUUCUGCACGGAACCUGAUGGCCGGUGCCCACAGUUCAGCGAAAGAGGCCCGGCCCGUCGCGGACCCCACAGGUGCCUCUGCCCAGCCCCAGACUGAGGCAGCCACCAAUCUGGACCCGACGGAGCGCGGGGAGAAGCUGCCACCGCCUCCGGAUAAGAUGAUCUCUGGGGCAAAGGACCUGGUGUGCUCUAAGAUGACCAAGACCAAGGGUGCCAUCUCCUCCGGGAUGGCCAACAUGGUGGACACAGCUAAAGGUGUGGUGCAGGGAGGCCUAGAUAUGACCCGGUCUGCACUCAUGGGCACCAAGGAGACUGUGGCCACUGGGGUCACAGGUGCAGUGGAUGUAGCCAAGGGCACUGUCCAGACUGGCCUGGAUACCACCAAGACCGUCCUCACGGGCACCAAGGACACCGUCUGCAGUGGUGUGACCGGUGCCGUGAAUGUGGCCAGAGGAGCUGUCCAGACUGGCAUGGACACCACCAAGACCGUCCUGACGGGCACCAAGGAUACAGUGUCCACUGGGCUCACUGGGGCAGUCAACAUGGCCAAGGGCACCGUCCAGACUGGCCUGGACACCACCAAGACUGUUGUGACAGGUACCAAGGACACCGUGUGCAGUGGGGUGACCAGUGCCAUGAAUGUGGCCAAAGGAGCUGUCCAAGGAAGUCUGGACACCUCAAAGACUGUCCUCACAGGCACCAAAGAUGCAGUGUCCACAGGGGUCACAGGGGCAGCGAACAUGGCCAAGGGCACCAUUCAGACUGGGUUGGACACCACCAAGACCGUCCUCACGGGCACCAAGGAUGCAGUAUCCACUGGGCUCACUGGGGCAGUCAAUAUGGCCAAGGGCACCAUCCAGACUGGCCUGGACACCUCAAAGACUGUCCUGACUGGCACCAAAGACACCCUAUCUACUGGGCUCACAGGUGCACUGGGUGUGGCCAAGGGCACUGUCCAGACUGGCCUGGACACCACCAAGACCGUCCUCACGGGCACCAAGGACACCGUGUGCAGUGGGAUGACCGGUGCCAUGAACGUGGCCAAAGGAGCCGUCCAAGGAGGUCUGGACACCUCAAAGACCGUCCUCACGGGCACCAAAGAUGCAGUGUCCACUGGGGUGACAGGGGCAGCAAACAUGGCCAAGGGAGCCCUGCAAACUGGGCUCAAUACGACCCAAAACAUCGUCACAGGCACCAAGGACACCGUGUGUAGUGGGGUGACUGGUGCCAUGAACAUGGCCAAAGGAGCUGUCCAGACUGGCAUGGACACAUCAAAGGCCAUCCUGACUGGCACCAAAGACACUGUGUCCACAGGGCUCACAGGUGCAGUGGAUGUGGCCAAGGGCACCGUCCAGACUGGUCUGAACACCACCAAGACUGUCCUGACAGGCACCAAGGACACUGUGUGCAGUGGGGUGACUGGUGCCGUGAAUGUGGCCAAAGGAGCUGUCCAGACUGGCAUGGACACCACCAAGACCGUCCUGACUGGCACCAAGGAUACAGUGUCCACUGGGCUCACUGGGGCAGUCAAUAUGGCCAAGGGCACCGUCCAGACUGGCCUGGACACCUCAAAGACUGUCCUCACGGGCACCAAGGACACCGUGUGCAGUGGGAUGACCGGUGCCAUGAACGUGGCCAAAGGAGCUGUCCAAGGAGGUCUGGACACCUCAAAGACCGUCCUCAUGGGCACCAAAGAUGCAGUGUCCACUGGAGUGACAGGGGCAGCAAACAUGGCCAAGGGAGCUGUCCAGUCUGGCUUGGACACCACCAAGACUGUCCUCACAGGCACCAAGGACACCGUGUGUAGUGGCAUGACCGGUGCCAUGAAUGUGGCCAAAGGAGCUGUCCAGACUGGCAUGGACACAUCAAAGGCCAUCCUGACUGGCACCAAGGAUGCAGUGUCCACUGGGCUCACUGGGGCAGUCAACAUGGCCAAGGGCACCAUCCAGACUGGCCUGGACACCUCAAAGACUGUCCUGACUGGCACCAAAGACACCCUAUCUACUGGGCUCACAGGUGCACUGGGUGUGGCCAAGGGCACUGUCCAGACUGGCCUGGACACCACCAAGACCGUCCUCACGGGCACCAAGGACACCGUGUGCAGUGGGAUGACCGGUGCCAUGAACGUGGCCAAAGGAGCUGUUCAAGGAGGUCUGGACACCUCAAAGACCGUCCUCACGGGCACCAAAGAUGCAGUGUCCACUGGGGUGACAGGGGCAGCAAACAUGGCCAAGGGAGCCCUGCAAACUGGGCUCAAUACGACCCAAAACAUCGUCACAGGCACCAAGGACACCGUGUGUAGUGGGGUGACUGGUGCCAUGAACAUGGCCAAAGGAGCUGUCCAGACUGGCAUGGACACAUCAAAGGCCAUCCUGACUGGCACCAAAGACACUGUGUCCACAGGGCUCACAGGUGCAGUGGAUGUGGCCAAGGGCACCGUCCAGACUGGUCUGAACACCACCAAGACUGUCCUGACAGGCACCAAGGACACUGUGUGCAGUGGGGUGACUGGUGCCGUGAAUGUGGCCAAAGGAGCUGUCCAGACUGGCAUGGACACCACCAAGACCGUCCUGACUGGCACCAAGGAUACAGUGUCCACUGGGCUCACUGGGGCAGUCAAUAUGGCCAAGGGCACCGUCCAGACUGGGCUCAACACAACCCAAAACAUUGUCACAGGCACCAAGGACACUGUGUGCAGUGGGGUGACCAGUGCCAUGAACGUGGCCAAAGGAGCUGUCCAAGGAGGUCUGGACACCUCAAAGACUGUCCUCAUGGGCACCAAAGAUGCAGUGUCCACUGGAGUGACAGGGGCAGCGAACAUGGCCAAGGGAGCCCUGCAAACUGGGCUCAAUACGACCCAAAACAUCGUCACAGGCACCAAGGACACCGUGUGUAGUGGCGUGACCGGUGCCAUGAAUGUGGCCAAAGGAGCUGUCCAAGGAGGUCUGGGCACCUCAAAGGCCAUCCUGACUGGCACCAAAGACACCCUAUCUACUGGGCUCACAGGCGCACUGGGUGUGGCCAAGGGCACCGUUCAGACUGGUCUGGACACCACCAAGACCCUCCUGACGGGCACCAAGGACACCAUGUGCAGUGGUGUGACUGAUGCCAUGAAUGUGGCCAAAGGAGCUGUCCACAUUGGCAUGGACACAUCAGAGGCCAUCCUGACUGGCACCAAAGAUGUAGUGUCCAUUGGGCUCACCGGUGCAGGGAGUGUGGCCAAAGAGGCUGUACAAACCGUCCAGAAUUGGUUACCCGGUACCCAGGACAGUGUCUGGAGUGGACUCACCAGUUACAGAGCCCCAGGCAACAGCGGGGAACAGGCCAUCCUGAGACCCCAGGAGGCUCUGUCCGCUGGGUUGUCCUGCGCCCCGGACACUCUCUGUGCCAGCCUGGACCUUGCCAGGGAAGCCACUGCUGUGGCAACAGGCACCCACGGGCCCCCCCUGGGCAGGGAGAAUGCAGGACACGAAGGAGCCUUGAGCUUCGCGACUCUGCGGGACGAGCUGGGGGAGCUGGGGGAGAUCUUCUGCCCCAUGGAUGCCAAGGAGCAAGCUCAGCUUGCUGCCUCUGAACCUGGGCCAAAGGUGCUCACGGCUGACCGCGGCAGCUACUUUGUGCGUCUGGGCGACCUGGCUCCUGGCUUCCGGCAGCGGGCGUUCGAGCAUGCCCUGAGCCACCUGCAGCACGGCCAGUUCCAGGCCCGGGCUGCGCUGGCCCAGCUGGAGGAGUCCUUCGAGUUGAUUGAGAAGGCCAAGCAGGCUCCAGAAGGCCAGUCACGGGGGGACCAAGGUCUGAGCUGCCGAGUAGAGGAAGGUGUUCCCCAAGAGGUGCUGGACUCCAGGGCUCUGUCCAGGGCCUGCGGCCUCAUCCAGCAGCUGCACGUGGCCUACAGCACCUUGGCCUCCAGCCUCCAGGGCCUCCCCUCUGAGCUCCAACAGCAGGUUGGGCAGGCGCGCCAUGGCCUCUGUGAGCUCUAUGGCCUCGUCUCCUCGGCCAGUUCCGUGGGAGAGCUGCCGGCAGAGCGCUUGGCCCAGAGCCGCGGGGCGGUGCGCCAAGCAUGGCGGGAGCUGGAGCAGAUGCUGGAGAGUGUGCAGCAUGGCCCGCCACUCUGCUGGCUCGUGGGGCCCUUUGCCCUGCACCCCACUGGGCAGCAGCUGUAGGUCCCUCCUGCCCACAGAGCCCUCUGUAGAGCCUCCUCCCCAGCCCCAAACCAGCUCCAACUCCCCUCAGGUCUGGACUCUGCCAGUGGGUGCCGCUUGGCACCCACGGAGGUACCGAGGUGGCCAUGCCACGCACCCAGCUCUGGCCCCGCCUAGGCCGUCCACCCUUUCUUCCCAAGCACCACUGGGCCUUCUCCUAGCCUAGGUGCCCAGGGCUGCGCAGACGGCUGACAGAGGGCCUUCCCCUGAUGGUCUCAAGCAAGCCCUCCAAUUAGGAAGAGACGUGGAAACACCCCUAGGUCUAGAAGAUUCUCCAUUCAGCAGCCUCCACUAGGCGCCCCUUUAUCUUCGGGGCACCCCAACCUGGUCCCUUAGCUACCGGUGUAGCUGCUGCUCCUCCACCCUGGGCUCCCAGAGCCCCGUCCUCACUCCAGAAGCACACACCUGGCCCUCAGCAAACCGUGUUCCACGUACCGGAAGGUACCAGAAUGCUACCGUCACCUGGCGCAGGCUCCUACCAUCUCUGCUGACAUCCAGUGCGGCCAAGGGGCGCUGUGAGGGUGAUGCCGCAGCAGCCGCAACAGCUGCGUGCUGGCCCGGAUGGGGGACCGGACUGGGCCUCAGCUCACCCCCAGAGCUGAUAUUCUGUGGUCCUCAAGGCUCUGGGCUGAGGAAGAAGUGAGAGGGCUCCCCCAUGGGGGAUGGGGCCCUGAGGGCUAUAUGACAAAAUGUGCUCAACACGGUCCCACGCCCACCCCGGGCUGGAGAACAGGGGCUGGGAUGCAUGCAGGGUCCCCUCCAUCCUGGCCACACUGUCCCUAAAUGCCCAGGGCAGCCACGCAAGGUGGGUGGCAUGUGGGGAAGCUGAGGCUCCCCUUCACUGGGCCUCCCCCCGUCCUCCAGCUGCAGGGAGCCCAGCCAAGCAAGCCCCUGCUUCCCGGAGCCUGUACCCCAUCCACAACCCCUCAUCGGGCUCCUGCCCUCCCUCAAGGAAGGCUUGAGGCACCCCCCUACCAGCCCCUUCUCAGAAACAAUGGGGUGUUCCAAGGACGCGACGCCAGCCUUCACCAAAGGGUCACCGUUGGCUCCCAGCCAUGGUGAGACCUGUGUGACGGGUCAGGAAGCCCCUCGGGCCUGUCCCUCCUCAGUCUCUGCCCCAGGCAGAGGCGCUGGGCGCACAGCCAUUCGUGCAAACCGAGCGGUCACGGGAGCUUCAACCCAGCCAGCCCACACAGAGGGUCGCCAGGCUCUGAAGUCCCACACCCACCACAGCCUUGGCUGAGAUGGAGGCAUCUGACCAGGGCGGGGCGGGGACACACAGUGGACACCACUACUGAUGCAGGUGCCUGGCCCGGGACUGCACACACUAUCCAAAUCCCUGUGCCAGGCCUAGGAGCCUGGGGUCACUUUACAAGUAAGGAACGAGAAGCCCCGAGGGAGGCACUUGUCCAAGGUCAAGGAACAAGGCCUGUCCCCCAAUAGUUAACGCCCUCUGAACAUCAAGGACAACGGCUAGCCCACAGCACCCCCCGAACCCUGAAUGGCUUGAGCACUCCGAACGGCUGCAGCCGGGGACCCAGGUCUCACGUGCAGCCCAGCUAGGAACAGGAACGCGGAGCAAGGCCGCGUGAGAGUAUCUGGGCCCUGGGCCGCCCCACACAAGAGGAUCAGACCGCAGCCUCCGCCUGAGCCUCCGUUACUUCUGAAACAGCCCCCACCUCCCCUCUCCUUCACCGCCAGCCCUGCAGGCGCACACCGGGCAGGGGCAGGGGCAGAACCGAGUUCACAUUCGCUGUGAACGGUGACUUCGUGGCUUAAACCUUCUGUCCCUGGACAGCUGCACCAACAACCCUAGAAAACCGAGCCAAUAAAAAUGACUUUCAUUAAAAAAACCCUUUAUAGUCA